UUGAUUUCAUGACUGCAGUAAAAAGUUUCGAUUGCGUUCGACACCAUUCGACACUCCUUUGUUCUGUCCACCGAACUAAUAGAAGAAAGUAAAAUUUUCUAUCGUUGUUAGUAUCAUAUUCGAUCAAAUAAAAUGCCCAAUGCUCUGUUAAACGAUUCUAGAAAUUUGGAAUUAGAAGCUCAGGAGCCAUGGCCUCAAACAAUUACUUUAUUUCAACCGUACGAAGUAGAACAAAUACUGUUACCUGACAGUGCAAACUGUUUAGCUGUACAAGCUUAUCUUAAAAUGUGCGGUCUUGAAUUUCAAAUAGAACUAAGAAGCAACGCAGAAUAUAUGUCACCAUCUGGUCGAGUACCAUUUAUUAAAUGUGGAGCAUUUUAUAUAUCCGAAUUUGAUAGUAUCGUGUCGUUUAUAGGAAAUAAAGGCAUAAGUUUGUCAGAUCAUCUAUCUCCAAUUGGCAAAGCAGAUAUGAGAGCUUAUAUAUCGUUAGUGAAUAAUAUAUUUGUAAAUGCUGAAUUAUAUAUUUGUUGGAUCGACGAAAUAACUUUAAAUGAGGUAACCAAACCAAGGCAUGGGAGCGUGUAUCCUUGGCCCUUGAAUCACUUUUUAAACUGGCAAAAAAGAAAAGAAAUCAUAAAGAAACUCAAAGUACAUGGAUGGUAUAAUAAGAAUUUAGAGGAUGUAUGUAGCGAAAUCAAAAAGUGCUGUGGAGCAUUAUCCGAGAGACUCAAGGGUAAUGAAUAUUUUUCUGGAAAAAAGACGCCUAAUGAAUUGGAUGCCUUAGUCUUUGGACAUAUUUUUACAAUAAUUACAACACCUCUACCUGGUAACAUACUGGCGAAUAUUGUCCAGAACUAUCCACUGCUUGUGAAUCUCUGCAAACGCAUUGAAACUAGGUAUUUUCAGCGUUCAGAAGAGUAGAUGGAACUACACUCGAACUUCAGAUACAUUGAACUCAGGUAUACUGAUUGCACUGAUAUUAAGUUCUUGUGUUAUCUAGGCACCGAUGUUAAGAACAAAGGUACAAAACCAGAAAUGUGCAGCAUUCAAUGACUUUGAUUCCAUUCAGAAAAAUAAAUUCUUUUAUUUUAAUUACGAGAUUCAUAUUCAAGGAGUUAUUUAGUUUAAAAGGGGGUUAAUUCUCACUCUACAAGUUCCUAAAAUAACGAAAUUAUUUUUCUUGCAUUUUCUAAAGCGUAGAGCGUCCAAAAUAAAUCUAAAAAAGUUAUAUUGGAAAAUUUGUAAAAUUGACAAAGUUCUAAUAUUAUGAAUAAGCCUGGAGUUACAUUGUCCGCAUUGUCGUAUAACGAAGCGUACAAUCUAAUCACAGCUUAAGGUAAUGCGUUAAUCGAAAGUUGAAAAAUUAUUAUUUACAAAUAAUUUUCAAUAUUUUAAGAAUUUUAUGUAAAUCAUAAGCAGACAUCAAUUUAUAGCUUUAGGCUGUUUAUUCUCCGUGAGAGUGCAUGCAAUGAAGUCACUUCUUCUUUGGUAACUCUCUAAUGGCAUAUGAGAUAUAACUAUAUAAAUAUAUGAUAAUAAUAUUGUUGCAGCAACAAUAAAUAAUUACUCGAUGUAUCUGAGGUCCGAGUUUGGAGAGAUAGUAAAUUGUAUAGUGAAUAAGAAAGUGUUAAUAGUUACUUGCUAUAAGUGUUAACUAUAGAAAUUAUAUUAGCGUUGAACACGAAAUAACAUUAUUUUAAGUACGUAAUACUGCACGUGACAUUUUUCAGCAUUUUUUCUCCUCAAGCGAUAGGGGUCAAAUAAAGUAGCAAAAUGUUGAAGGCGAGAAGUAAGUAACACGAUUUUGGACAUUUUCAAACGUAUGUUUUUGGAUAACUGCAAGAAUACAUAACCGAGAAAAGGUAUCUCUAAACUUGACAUUUCACAGAAUGACUUGUCGGAAGUAAUGGUAAAUGAUCGUUAUAUGACUAGUGUCCAUUUUCAACAUAGCUGUUAGCAGCAUUUAUCUCUAAUUUAACAGAAUCAUACUAAAGAAUCAUGUACAAUAUCAUUUUGAUGUUGAAUGUGGUUACAUAGCGUUAAUCGACAAUAAGAAGUUUUCCAAUCAUAGACAUUGUAUAUAUUUUACGUAGAUAAUGAUAAUACAUUUAUAUUUUAGAUCGUUCCUUUUUUUUAUAUUUUUGAUGAACUUAUAAACUCUUUUAUCAUUUUUCAAUUUACACUAAACCCUGUAGAAAAUAUAUAUAAUUCUCUAUUAAUGUGUAUCAAUUUUUAAUGUACAUUUAUCUUAUACAGAAUAUCUUGACAUUAUAUAAUGAAAUUUUAUUAUGUUUCUAGUCAGUUCUUAUAUGGAUUUCUAUGAUCUAUGUAAUUGUACUAUACGCUUAGAAAUUGUAUUUAAAAUAACAUAAUGGUGUAUUAUAUGAUAAUGUCCAAUUUAAGUUAAAUAUAAGUUAUUGGAGUAAUGUUCAAAUGAUUUUAUAUCGUAAAAAGCGAAAUUUGAAAAUAAAUAUUUAAUACUGAUACAA